ACAUGCUAACAUGCUAACAUGAGCGAAAUCUUGUCAGCCAAAUGAGAAAAAGUCGUAAUAUUAUGAGGAAAAGUAUGGCAUUUUAUGAGCAUAAAGUAGAAAUAUUGAACAUUUUUAAAAGUCAUAUUAUGAGGGAGAAAAUGAGGCAGUAAUUUCUGAAAACUUAGAUUGGGGUGGAAAAUAUACAUAUAAAUAUAAACAGUAAAUUGUCGGAAUAAGGCAAUAUUGUGGGAAUAAGACGUUGAAAAAUUAAAUUUUACAAGAAUUGAAUCCAAAUAUGGAUGAAAUAAUAAGAAAAAUGUUGUUCUAACUAGAUAAUAUGUCAUAAGUAAAUAUAAUAUCAUUGACUUAACAUAUUCUAGAAAAAAGUCCUAAUAGUCUAAGAAACAAUGAAGAAAUUUGAAUCAUUAAAUAAUUGACUCCCCAGGUCCGGAUGAUAUCUUUGCAACCUUGCAUCCUUUCUUUUUCACAAUGUGGCCCCCGCUUGGAAAACAUGGUGUCCGCAAACGCCCGCAUGGUGGACCGGGCAGGUGUCUACUACUACUACUACUACUACUACUACUACUACUACUACUACUGCAAACAUGACCGCGUUCAGAGUGCAUGUGCACAUGCAGCACUUUGUUUCAGAGUAAAAGACAAGCGGACGCAACUCUUGCGUCUCAUAUUGUGAAACAAAGAGCCUGCUAACGUCAUCCGACAGACUGGCCGCGGGAGAUGUUCCGCAUGAGUUAAUGAAUGACCUGGAUGGUAUUACAUCAGCAUUGGCGGCCCGCCACUUCUUCUUUGCAUUGGCCGUCAUUUUGUGGCCAUUUUCAUCUUUUAUUAGGUCAGACGUAACGCUGUUAUCAAUUUAGGGAUUGGAACAUGCCACGACCAGCAAUGCCAAACAUGCUAACAGUUAGCACGCUAGCACCUAGCAAGAUGGCACUUAAUAGCAAAAGUGCCAAGGCUGUCCUACAAUGUCCCUGCAUAAUGCCAUGUCUGCAUUAGCCUGGAGAUGUGAGGGAAUGGGUUAACAUGCUAACAUGCUAACAUGCUAGCAUCAACAGCCUUCCAUUUCCACGAUGUUGGCCACCCAGAGUCAAAGGGAGGAUGUAGCAGCGUCACUUGGAGACUGCCGCUGCUCUUUCUCUUUCUCAUCUUGCAUCAGUGCGAGCACAAUCCCGUCAGCGUCACCCUCCCCGUGCACUUUCAUCCCCCCCCCCAGCUGGACUGUUGCUAUGGCAACAGCGAAAUCUGCUCACGGCCUACAAACUCCCAUCCCGCUCGCGUUUGUUUUCAUCUUUUUCUCCCUGAAGGAUUGACGAUGGAAGACGAAAGAUGUGUUGCAGUCGCCAUGCUGAGUCAGCAGGCUGACUUUGGGCUCGUCCAUCAUUGCCCCCUCCCGCAUCUUUCCCGGGGCUUCUCUGAGCAAACACGCCCGCUCCAGCAUAGCGUCAUGUUAGCGCCAUGUUAGCAAUGUCUUAUGAGACCAGUAAAGCUGCACGCUCCUCCCAUCCCCUGCAAAGACGAGAGUGAUGGAGGGAGGCGGCAGAGUCUCCCGGAGGGACGUCGGCAAUGGGGAGGGCGUGGAGCGGUCGCCAUUAGACUGACGCAGCAUCAGACGUUGUGCUCGGCGGUGGGGAAACCGGAAAAUCAAGAAGCCGCUCGGCUCAGCCCUGCGUCAUCUAAGGCACCAUGAAUCUAUCGACGCCUGCCUCCCUGGUGGCCCCCAUCUUCUGACCUGGCCGCAUCUUGCCCAUCUCCGCCUCCAGCACCUCUCCUCAUCGCCUCAUCUCGGCCAUCUUUGAUCCAGAGAGACCACCCCGCCCCUCCGCCAUUAUGGCAGGGGAGAAAGGGCCGACUAAGCGAAGCGCCAUGGACAUCAAGCGCCUGGCAAGCCUCAUCCAGAGAGGAACAGGCCGCCUGCUGGUGAUUGACAGCAGGACGUUUUCUGAGUACAACGCAUCCCACGUUCAGGGCGCAGUCAAUGUUUGCUGCUCCAAGCUCGUCAAGAGGCGACUGCAGCAGGACAAGGUGUCCGUCACCGAGCUCCUGCAGCCCAACGGCAAAGUCAAGGUGGAGCUGGGCAGGAAGCAGGAAGUGGUGGUUUACGACCAGAGUUCCAAAGAAGCCGGACAUCUGUCCAGGGAUGCUUUUGUGCACAUUCUCAUGGGGAAGCUGGAGGGCACCUUCCACAAGGUGUCCCUGCUCACGGGAGGCUUUGCCGCUUUCUCCUCCUGCUUCCCCGGCCUGUGUGAAGGGAAGCCGGCCCCCGCACUUCCUGUGAGCCUGUCCCAGCCGUGCUUGCCCGUGGCCAACGUCGGGCCCACCCGCAUCCUGCCGCACCUCUACCUGGGUUCGCAGAAAGACGUCCUCAACAAGGAUCUGAUGCUUCAGAACGGCAUCACGUACGUGCUGAACGCCAGCAACACCUGCCCCAAGCCCGACUUCAUCAGCGAGAGCCACUUCAUGCGCGUCCCCGUCAACGACAACUACUGCGAGAAGUUGCUGCCCUGGCUGGACAAAACCAACGACUUCAUCGACAAAGCCAUGGUGUCAAACUGCAGAGUCAUUGUGCACUGCCUGGCCGGAAUCUCGCGCUCGGCGACCAUCGCCAUUGCAUACAUCAUGAAGACCAUGGGCCUGUCAUCAGAUGAUGCCUACAGGUUUGUGAAGGACCGAAGACCAUCCAUAUCCCCAAACUUCAACUUCCUGGGCCAGCUGCUGGAGUUCGAGAAAGGUCUGCGACUACUCCAAGCUUUGACCUCAAGCGCCGACGACAAGCUCUCCCAAGGCAACGCCAAGCUCGAUGGCGUCAAGUCGUGUUUUGAGAUGAACGGUCACCAGAGCGGCUGUGACUCCUCCGGGACAGAGCCACAGAACCCACCCGAAGCCAAGAUAGCGUUACCCACUUCCCUCCAGCAAGGCUUCAAUGGCUUGCACCUCUCCGCAGACCGGAUCUUGGACACCAACCGUCUGAAACGCUCCUUCUCCCUGGACAUUAAAUCCGUGUACGCCCCGAACAGGCCGCAUUCUGCUGGCCUGGCGCCAACACGCUCGGAAGACGUUCCCAAGCUGUGCAAACUGGACAGCCCGGGAACGGGCACCUCCAACGGCGUCUGCUCCCAGUCCCCCAUCCUGAACAGUCCCUGCUCCUCGGACUCACCCUUCCCCUCACCGGGCAGCGCGGGCAGCGUUGGAGGUUUGGGGCGCGGGGGAAGCGAAGGAGUCCAUCGGCCCGGUUCUUCCUCAUCCAGAGCCAGAAGAAAACUCAAGCACGUCUCUGUUAGUUCGCCGGUCCAUUUCCAACACCACCCGCCCCAGUCCCUCAGCCUGUCUCUGGACCAGAGGAGCCCAGGCAUGGACGACAACCUAAAGGGUUCCCUGCUCCUGUCCCUGCCCUCCAUGGGCUCCGAGGCCAUGUGGACCAAGCACAGAGACACGGUCCAGGCCACCACCCCAGUUACUCCCGUCACCCCCACCACCGAUGCCCCCUGGCACUUUGGGGCGGAAGAGGGAGGCGAGAUGGAGCUCGGCGGUGGAGGGGGGGGUGGGAGAAGCGAGGCGUCUAUGAGAUUUGGGAGCAGCUCGGCGUACGUGGCGUUUGGGUGCAGCGAGGGAGUACGGUUACGGGACAAACCUCCGAAAGAGAAGCCCUCGGCGCCGCAGCGAGACAAGCGCGACUUCACGUCGUCGUCCUCGGUGACCACGUCCAACGGCACCAACGGCGGCGGCUCGGCCUCGGAGAAGCAGUUCAAGCGUCGCAGCUGUCAGAUGGAAUUCGAGGAGAGCAUCUCAGAGACGCGUUCCCGAGAAGAACUGGGCAAGAUCGGAAAGCAGUCCAGUUUCUCCGGCAGCCUGGAGAUCAUCGAGGUAUCCUGACACAUCAGAGACAACAAAAGAGACCUGCUUAGACGGGUCUCUUUCUGCCUCGGUGGCGUUCAGGACUCCCAGCUGAGAGACGGACCGAGCAAAGCGCUUGACGAGCAGACACGGCUGGACAGGGACGACGUCUGACGCGCCGCGUACCGCAACACCACCUUCUUGGAGAGCCGGGGCCGCAGGUGCUCCACGGAAAGCACCUGGCAUCCGGAUCUCGGACACAAACUGCCUGCCUGUGGUCAAGUGUAGUCGUAGUUCCAGUGGGCGUCGUAACUCCUGGUCUGAACCCCAAAGCGUCCAACGGCCUCAAAAGCUCAGCCCACGUUGCCCCCCCGCCCGCCCCCAUCCUUGUGGUGUGAACGGCCCCUACCUGCCAUUGCUCCUUGUCACCACACGGGGGCCCCACUGAGCAUGCUCCAUGAACGUCUGGCAACACAAUCCUAUAUCAUACAAUACAAAUAUAUAUGUAUAGCAAUUUUAAUGGACCCUUUUCUCCUUUUAAUUUAUUGUUCAUUCUGGUAAUGAGAAAUAAUAUAAUAUUUGUGGAUUGAUUUCCUUUUUCUUUGUUGAAUGAUUCUUAUUUGCUGUAUGGUAUUUAUAAACGCAUACGAAUACACAGAAAUUCAAGCAAGCAAUAUAUGAGCUCUUCCUUUCUUCGAGGAGAGUGAUAUAUAGGACUCGGAAUCUGCAUUGCGGGGGGGCGGGGGGGGUCAGACGACACGAGCGACAUCUUCAACGUAUGGCUUUACCACAUCAACGUUUCCCCGCAUGGCACUGGGGCUUGCGUAACGACAACUUGAUGCAAAUCGUACGAGUGGCCCUCGUGAAGCCCCUUCCCACAAUGCCCUACACUGUACGCCAUGGGUGUCCAAAGUGCAGCCCCGGGGCCCGUUUUUGGGGUUUGGGUUUUGGGGGGGUUUUGACAAAAGGAAAAUAGAAAAACAUCUUAAAUUUUUAAAGAAACAUCACAAUUUUACACAAAAUAUGAGGGAAAAUACUUCAUUUUAGUAGCAUAGAGUUGAAAUAUACUAUAUUUUGGAAAUGUUUUGUUUUUUCAUUUAUUUGAAAAUUAAGUUGAUUAUGGGGAUAAAGUCCAAAUAUGACAGUAAAAUGAUACUAUGAGAAGAAUGUGUACCAACAAAGUACAAAUACAUGGAAAAUGAAAACAAUUGGGGGGGGGGGGGCAAAGACAUGCACUUUUUUGAAGGAAAGACAACAUGUUGCUGUACAAACUCAUUUUUCACCAUGUGGCCCUCGAGGGGGAACGUUUGGACACCCCUGCUGUAUGCACUUGUUCUUUUACACACACACACACACACACACACACACACACACACACACACACACAGCUUUUUCUUUCCUUCUCAGGGGAUCCUUGAGUGAGCCAACCCCAGCCCAUCAGCCCAUCAGCCCUCCUGGUGCCAGACGCUAAUUUAUUCCUCAUCUUGGCUUUGGAGCCAUUUCUUUAUGAUGCUAGUUCUGCUCGGCUCUCGAACAUCGAAUCCCUCCUCCGUGUUUUUUCGAUUGUUAUUAUUAUUUAUAAUAUUAUGUAACAAAUAUGAUGCAGGCUGUCCCAUUUGCUAAAUCUGUUGUCCUUGAAUGAUUACUCUUAUUAUUAUUAUUAUUAGUAUCAUCAUUGUUCUGAUUGUAAAUAGCAACGUGGAAGAACACUGAUGAGUUUUUCAAAGAAAAUCCUGACUCCCAGACUGCUUGAUGCUAAAAUACCUCAGGUUCUAUCGAAAGGCUUUUCCUUCUCCUGUACAUGUUUGGUGAAAAUGAGACGAAAUACAGACAUGACAAAAUACAAACGCUGCGUC